AUGGAUUUUGGCGAUGGCGGCGAUGGCGGCUCGCUCGAAGGCAUACCCACGCGUCCCAUGCGGGUCAAGGUCCUCUACACCUUCGAUGCUGAGAAUAAGACACAAUGCUUGGCACGUCUUCAGGAUACUAUGAACAUCCCCGUUGUGGCGGUCGACGAACAGUCUCAAGUCGGUGUAAUAGACUUGCAGCAGUGCAUCCAGGCUAUGCUAUCCGCGUCUCCCGAGAUCCUGUCGAAACUUGAGACUGGCGACUUCACUGUCUACAACUUCGACUUCACAGAACACGAUGCCCCUCUCGUCGGCCAGGGCAGGCUAUCGUCGCUCCUCGACGGAUCUAGUGGUCAGGGAAAGACGAACAUCAUCGGACGCGUUUGCAAGAAUAUCCAAGCUUUGUUCAGCGGUGGUGUCAAGGAGAUUCUGGAAGUCAAAUUCAGGUUGACACCGCUGUCAAGACCGUCCCAAGGAGAGUACGGAAGGAGUACGGAAGCCUUGCGAAGCAGUAGUCCUGCAACGUCUUCAGGCUUCGAUCCAAACGCAUGGAACGGUGCAAUGCAGCAAAACAAGGUUACGCAGCAGUCGAACGAUUACUUCAACUUUGAUGCGAUGGCUACUGGUGGCGACGAUGGAGCAGUGUUGCUGGAAGACAUGUUCGGCAUGGCAUCCGGCGCCACAGGGGAUGUCAGCGGAAUUCAGCAGCCAAGUGGUGUGGGAGUCCCAGAGACCCCGACAGACUCAGUCUUCGCAUACAACCCCGCCUUUUCCGCCCAAUCUCACAGCGCCCCAGGCAGCCGAGCUGGAAGCCCAAUAAUGCGUCCUGGAUCCAGCACUCACAACGAGCAAAUACGUCAUCACAGCUUCUCUACACAACCUCCAAACUUCGCGGAUCAAAAUCGGCCCGGUUCACGUGCAAGUGUGCGAAGUGAAACUAACACCUCGCGGCAGCCUUACCCCUUUCCACCACAACCCCAACAACAGCACAUCCAACCCCAGAAUGAAGUACACUACAAUGAAGACGGUCAACCACGCAAGCGCGCAAAGGUCAUCCAAACUGAUUGGCGCGGCAAAUCGUCUUUUGGUAGCAAGUCAGCAGACCUUCGCGUUACUGCCGCGACAGCCUCAUCAAUGCACAUGCACCGACCCAUUGCAAAGCGAUCUACUGGACCAGGAGCUGACUUGGAACCUCCACCUCGUGUGCCAACGCCUGUGCCCCAGCGCACUCUCCAUCCACGCCAACGCUCACUCCAACCGGUCCCGCAGCGAAGCAUGCUGAGACAGGCAUCGAUGGCAGACUCUGACUUUGGCUCGGAUAUUGAGCCGUUUUCCGAUACUAUGACCUCUCCUGAAGGUAGCUCUCCAGCAAAUAGCAUCACUGCAGAUGGUACCCCUAUGGACAUCCCAUCGUCGCCGCCUCUUGUACCUGGCUUCAAUCAACCUGCUCCAAGUAGCCCUGGCUUGCCGACUUUGCCGCCUGCUCGAAUGGCUGAUAGUGGAUACAUGAGUGAGCGUGGGUUCAACAGCGGCAACGUGAUGGAGAGCUUGGAAGAUGAUGAAAACCGCAGCCCAGAUGCGGAUGACAUGGAGGUGGCUGCUCAUUAUAGAUCACGCCAUCACCGACAAGAGGCCUUCUUUAAGACGGAAGGAUCCGUAGCGGGUGAUUUGCCUUAUUCUAUGGACGGUCUGCCCCAGAGCGAUAUCGACGCCAAAAGCCACGGCCAAACGCCUCAGCCAGAUGCGAAUGCAUCAAGACGUGGUUCUCUUGCGUUGCCGUUCAAACCACCACCACGAGCGAGCUCUCAAGCCCAAGUCUCCAAAGCACCAGCGAAACCACCAAGGCAACCACUUCACCGAUCCCACACGACUUCGAAUGCUUCUGAAGCUGGCUCACCUGCCCCUAGCGACACUGAAGGCAAGCCUCGAGGCGCCUAUCGGCAAGGGCCUCGUCGAAAAAUCAUCGAGCAGCGCCUCCAGGAGUCGAUCGCUCGUGGUGAGUCGCCUGUAUUUUGCGUACACUGUGGUGCCAUUGAGACACCCACAUGGCGCAAGAUGUACGUCAAGGAAGUCGAUGGGAAGCCUGGCCCACUGGACGAAGUUGAGGGCGAGGGCGAGACCAUCGGCAUCGAGAACAUGGAGAAGGAUGAAGAUGGCGAAGUCAUCAAAUUCCGCAUUCGCAAGAGCGUCAAGGCUAAACAAGAUUCCGAAUUCGUCGCCGGCUUCGAGCAGGUGAUUGUCUGCAAUCCAUGUGGCCUCUGGUUCAAGAAAUUCCGAAGCAUGCGUCCCUCAGAUCGAUGGCACCGAAAGCCGUCUGCAAGGAAGUCCAGAAAGCCAAAGGGCGAUGACAACCUCGCAACAGACGGGGCGGAGCCGCAAUCAGAAGCUUUCUUCACAGAUCAAAUUGCUCCAGAGGACGCGGUUGAAGAUAGCAAUUCGGCCGACGACACUCAGAAGGAUAACACUACUCUAUCUCAGCGCAAUUUGGCCCCACUACGACCACGUGCCAACAGCGUACAGCCGCAGCCAGCGCGCAGAACGAGUGACAACAUCAACGCUGGCCAGGUACGACGGAAUGCCGCGAUGAGUAGGGACGUUCAGUCCAGCCCUGUCCGAACACAAGGUUCACAAGACAGUCCGAUCGAGCUCGAUCUGACUCCUCAACCAACUCGACGACUCCUCUUUCCUUCGCCGCGGCAGGCAGGUGAAACGAAGAGCCUUGAAGAUGGUGCCAACCGCGGGUCGGCUUCUCCCAAAGCCAAUGCUUCUGGUGAGAAACCUUCUCUGAAGGUUGUCGGAGUUGUUGAAGAGACCACUGUUAACGUUAAUGUCUUUGAGGCUUUCACUUCAGACAAGGAGAAUAUGGCACCACCUCUCAACGAUACCGAUGAUCUCUCACACCUGUUCGAGGGCUCGCCUGGCGCCCUUUUCAAGACACCGCUUCGCAAAACGCCUUCGAAGAAUGCGUUCAACCCUACCAACGACCUGUUGAAGACGCCAACACAAUCGAGCCGCAAGCGAAAGCCGUUAACGCCCAGCCAGAAUGCUGCCAACAAUGCAGACAUGAACGGCGAAAGUCUCCUGACUUCGCCAUCUCAAUCGCGAUACUUUUUACGCUCGACGCCCAGCAGGCUGGAGAGAACACCCGGCGGCCGCAGCGUCAGCGGUGGCAACCAGCUACCAGGCGACGGUAUCUCUCCAUUCUCUCGACAUAUCGCCCAGAUGUUGAGUGACGCCAACGGCAUGGGCGAAGCGUUCACCAGUCCCAGCCGACAGUACGACUUCAGCGACAUGCCCACCUUCACGACGCCGGGGCGAGACCAGGUGGAUUGGAAAGGACUGGACGAGAUCUUGAAUAGUGACUUUGCUAAUUACGAUGAAAACGGUGGACAUGUGGACGGCCAGCAGUCCUAG